UGUUUCGUGUUUUUUGUUUUUUUAUUUUUUUUAUUUCUGUCUUUUUCUUUAUUCUUUCUUUUUCUUUCGAGGCCCAUUUCGUUCUCUCUCAACAAUUCCUAAUCAAUUUUCGAACCCUAGAAAGUAUUUAUCCUUUCGAUCGAGUAAAAUCACGAUCAUUUGAAAAAUGGAGAACCAGAGGCUGAAGCAACAGCAGCAGCAGGCGUUGAUGCAGCAGGCUCUCCUUCAACAGCAGUCUCUUUAUCAUCCUGGCCUUUUAGCUGCUGCUCCCCAGAUUGAGCCAAUCCCUAGUGGAAAUUUGCCUCCUGGAUUUGAUCCAAGUACAUGCCGCAGUGUGUAUGUUGGAAACAUUCACAUCCAGGUGACUGAACCACUUCUUCAAGAAGUUUUUGCAAGUACUGGUCCUGUUGAAGGCUGCAAGCUCGUUAGAAAAGAAAAGUCGUCUUAUGGAUUUGUUCAUUACUUUGAUCGUAGAUCAGCUGCACUUGCAAUAAUCUCCCUCAAUGGAAGGCAUCUGUUUGGGCAGCCUAUCAAAGUUAACUGGGCAUAUACCAGUGGUCAGAGGGAGGACACAUCAAGCCACUUCAACAUUUUUGUUGGUGAUCUGAGCCCAGAGGUUACUGAUGCCAUGUUGUUUGCAUGCUUUUCCGUCUACUCUAGUUGUUCUGAUGCAAGGGUUAUGUGGGACCAAAAAACUGGACGUUCGAGGGGGUAUGGAUUUGUCUCUUUCCGAAAUCAGCAGGAUGCCCAAAGUGCAAUCAAUGAUCUAACUGGAAAAUGGCUUGGCAGUAGACAGAUACGUUGCAAUUGGGCCAUGAAAGGUGCUGGUGCCAGUGAUGACAAACAGAAUUCAGAUGUUAAAAGCUUUGUGGAACUAACGAAUGGCUCCUCAGAAGAUGUUAAAGAGGCUGCAAAUAGUGAUGCUCCUGAGAAUAACCCUCAAUACACUACUGUGUAUGUUGGCAAUCUUGCUCCAGAGGUAACCCAGGUUGACCUUCAUCGCCACUUCCAUGCACUAGGUGCUGGAGCAAUUGAGGAAGUUCGGAUUCAACGUGAUAAGGGAUUUGGUUUUGUAAGAUACAGUACCCAUGCUGAGGCAGCUGCAGCCAUUUCAAUGGGAAAUACACAGUCGUUUCUUUGUGGCAGACAGAUUAAGUGCUCAUGGGGUAACAAGCCAACACCACCUGGAGCGAGCUCAAACCCAAUGCCACUCCCUGUUCCUUCACACAUGCCAAACCUUUCAGCUGCUGAGCUGUUGGCUUAUGAGCGGCAACUUGCAAUGAGCAGAAUGGGUGCCCUCAUGCAUGCCCAGGGGCAAGAUCCUCUGAAGCAAACAUCUAUGGGAAUGGGCGUCGGAGCAAGCCAGGCCAUAUAUGAUGGCGGUUUUCAGAACGUUGCUGCUGCCCAUCAGCUCAUGUACUACCAGUGAUGUAAGGUUGAUUCUAUUGAUAUUUAUGAUCUGGGAUAGAUAUGUUCACGAUGCUCUGCUUGAGAUUUUUUUUUCAACUUUAUGCAAUAGGUUGUAAUAUUUAUCUUUGGGGAUAAUUUUCAACUUAAUAUAUGGCUGCCAUAUGUAUUGAAAUACACUGAUGUGCGUGCUCGUGUUUUGGUUAUGUUAGGAGUGAGAGGCUUUAUCAUUGACGCGAUUGUAUUGUUUUAAGAAACCAAAAUAGACUUGAGCUUGUAGUUUCUUUGUAUUCGCUAUUACUAUUUGUAUGUUC